CAUUAGAAAGUUAUCGUUCUUCUAUUCACUACAGUGAACUGUGGGAAAAAAUGGUUGUAUUUUCAAAAGACAAUGUAAUUGAAAUUAAUGUUCCUUUUCAAGGUGGCUCUAAAAGGCAGAGAAGGGAGUCCACUAAUCUAAAAAAUUAUGUUGUUAUGUCAUCAACUUCAGCUGAAAAUAAUCACCAAAGUGAUAAUACAAGUACCACUACAUUAGAACCAAAAGAAUAUUGGAAGAUUCAUGCUUUUUAUCCAGUAAUAGAUACAAUAAUAUGUCAAAUGAAAGAGAGAUUUUCUGAAGAGAGCAUUCAAAUUGCGACUUGUGUAGAUAACUUGUUAAAAUUAGACUUUAAGGGAUCAUCAUUACUUAUAAAUCAAUAUAAGAAUUUGUUUGAAGUCAUCCCUAAUGAUUUGCAAUGUGAGAUGACUGUUUUGAAAAAUAUGAUUAAAGGAGUUCCUAGCUAUUUAACCAUAAAAGAAAAAUUAUCUAAAGAUACUUUUCCAAAUCUUUUUAAAAUGAUCCAAGUAGCUAUCACUCUUCCAGUCAGUUCGGCUACUUGCGAACGGUCAUUUUCGGCAAUGAGAAGAAUAAAUAAUUAUCUUAGGUCUACGAUGUCACAAGAACGGUUCUCAAAAUUGGCAAUACUUAAUAUUGAGAGAGAUAUAAUUGUUGACACCGAAAUUAUUUUAAAUACAUUUGCUAAUAAAAAUAGAAAAAUAAGAUUAUAAAAUGUUAAAAACUAAUUAAAUCUGUUACCUAUACUUAAAAGUUA